AUGACCCAAGUCGGCCCCGUCCGCCAGGUCCACAUGCCCCUCGACCGCGUCACCCGCAACCACCAAGGCUACGGCUUCAUCGAGUUCGACACCCCCGAAUCCGCCGAGUACGCCGCCAAGUGUCUCAAUGGCAUCCGUGUUCACGGCAAGCCCCUCCGCGUCAACAAGGCGUCCGCCGACAAGCAAAAGACGGUCGACAUUGGCGCCGAGCUCUUUAUCAACAACCUCGACCCCCAAGUCGACGAAAAGAUCCUCUACGACACCUUCAGCACCUUCGGUCAGAUCCUCCGCCAGCCCAACAUUGUGCGCGACGACAACAACAUCUCCAAGGGGUAUGGUUUCGUCAGCUUUGACUCGUUCGAGGCCUCCGACGCCGCGCUGGCGAACAUGAACGGGCAAUAUCUCUUGAGCAAGGCUAUCAGUGUAGACUAUGCGUACAAGAAGGACGGCAAGGGCGAGCGCCACGGUGAUGAGGCGGAAAGAAGACUGGCCGCCGAAGGCAAGAAGCACAACAUAGUGCCCGAGCAACAGGUCCUCCCGCCAGCCUUCCAUAUGAAUGCCCCCAUCGCCGCCACAACACCCGUCACACCAGUCGCCGCCGUCCCGCCCAUGAUCGACCCCUCCAUGACCGCCAUUCCUCCACCAGUCGGCAUGGUGCCCCCAGCUGUCCCUCCCCUCGGGCCGGGAGGCAUGCCGCCAGUUCCAGUCGCGGCGUACGGCGGGCCCUUACCAACUGGACCAGCAGCCAUGGGCGGUCGCGGUGGUCCUCCCCCAAUUCCCUACGGCGGCGGUAUGCCACCAGCUAUGCCAAGCGGAGGCGGUGGUCGUAUGAGCAACCUCCCUCCCCCACCAUCUGGUCUCCCGGCGCGUCCACCCCCCAGCCAGGCCGGGUUUGGCGGUCCAGUGCCCUUCCACCCACCACCGGGGUUUGCUCCGCCCCCUCCUGUUGGUCCAGGUCAGCAAAUGUACCCCCCUCCUGUUGGCUUCAACGGCCCGCCUCCACCUCAGGGAUUCAUGCCACCACCGGGAGGUGCCCCCCCUCCGGGCUUUGGUGGUCCACCUCCUAAUGGCUACCCACGUCGAGGGUAG